GAGGGUCUUCCCUGCCGUGGUGCAGAAGGGGUCUCGGUGAGUUCAGAGCUGAGACCCUGGAGCUGAGCACACUUCUAGUUUCUGUGAGUUCUUAUUGUGGGCUACAAAGGAUCCUCGGAGCCCCUCAAGCAUCACAAUGGUAACUUGAUGGUACCGGAGCUGGGAAUGGGUUGGAAUUGUGUGAGUUUUGGAAGGAAAUGGGAUGAAACACUGUAAGCCCAGAUCGUCUUUUGGGCAGCCCCAGGCACAGCUGUGUUUUGGGAUGAGCGGUUGUUUGGAGGCAAACCUGAGUUGUGUCCUCAAAAUGACAAAAACUAUCAUCUGAAUUCCAUAUGUGAGACCUCUCCUUGAAUGAUAUUACUUCAUAAACAGAACUCAUAAUCUCACAACACUGAUUGCGGAGUUCCGAAACCAAAAUAAGAAAUGAGAAGAGCUCCUUGGCUUCCGGAAUGCUUCCCCUAGAUGCAACCUAUUUUAUAGUUAAUCUGAGAUUACUUGGACCAUGAGGCACAUCCCAAGAUGCAGGCACCCCACCACAUUGUGAAGGGCCAAAAGAUGACAACUGUCCUCUACACAAGCUGUAGCAACCAUGUGGCCAACCAGAAGGCUGGAAUGCCCGAGACCUAGUAUGGAGACAGUGACCUUUGAAGAUGUAACUGUGAAGUUCACUCCAGAGGAGUGGGAUUUACUGACUCCAUUCCAGAAGAAGCUCUACAGAGGUGUGAUGUGGGAAACAUAUAUGAAUGUUACUGUGACACGAAGAAUAUGGCAUAAUCUGCAAAUUAAAGAAGAGGACAAAAAUUGUUCAAGAAAUCUAAGAUAUGAUGGAGACAAUUAUUUGAGAAUUGAGGAGCAGCAAUAUAAAUAUAACGAAGAUGUAGAGACCUGCAGUGAUUUCCAGUCCUUUCAGAAGCAAUGUGAGAAAGCAUUCAGCACACUCAGUAGCUGUCAAAGACAUAAAAACAUUCACACUGGGGAGAAGCCCUGUGUAUACAACAAAUGUGGGAAAGCAUUCACCACAGCCUCUAAAUGUAAAGCACUCGAUAGAACUCACACUGGGGAGAAACACUUUAGAUGUAGGCAGUGUGGGAAAUCUUUCAAUCGAAAGGAUAACCUUAUUAAUCAUGAAAGAGUUCACACAGGUGAGAAACCUUAUGUAUGCAACAAAUGUGGGAAAGCAUUCAGUAGAGCCUCUGGCUAUAAGACACAUGAAAGAAUUCACACUGGGGAGAAACCCUUUGUUUGUAAGCAGUGUGGGAGAUCUUUCAAUCGAAAGGAUAACCUUAGUAAUCAUGAAAGAGUUCACACAGGGGAGAAACCCUUUGUAUGCAACAAAUGUGGGAAAGCAUUCAUCAGUGCUUCACAAUGUCAUAAUCAUGACAGAGUUCACACUGUCGAGAAACCUUUUGUAUGUAAAGAGUGUGGGAAAUCUUUCAACCGAAAGGAUAACCUUAUAAAUCAUGAAAGAAUUCACACUGGGGAGAAACCCUAUGUAUGCAACAAAUGUGGAAAAGCAUUCAUCAGUGCGUCACAAUGUCAGAAACAUGAUAGAAUUCACACUAGGGUAAAACCACUUGUAUGUAAUCAAUGUGGAAAAUUUUUCAAGCAAAAGCGUUAUCUUAUUAUGCAUGAAAUACUUCAUACUGCAGAGAAACCCUAUGUAUGCAACAAAUGUGGGAAAGCAUUCAUCAGUGCAUCACAAUAUCAAAUACAUGAUAGAAUUCAUACUGGCGAGAGACCAUUUUUAUGUAAGCAGUGUGGAAAAUCUUUCAUGCAAAAGCGUCAUCUUAUUAUACAUGGUAGGAUUCACACUGAGGAGAAACCAUUUUUAUGUAAGCAAUGUGGAAAAUCUUUCAAGCAAAAGCAUUAUCUUAUUAUACAUGAAAGACUUCAUACUGCAGAGAAACCCUAUGUAUGCAACAAAUGUGGGAAAGCAUUCAUCAGUGCAUCAAAAUGUCAAAUACAUGGUAGAAUUCACACAGGGGAGAGACCAUUUUUAUGUAAGCAAUGUGGAAAAUCUUUCACGCAAAAGCGUUAUCUUAUUACACAUGAUAGAAUUCACACUGAGGAGAAACCAUUUUUAUGUAAACAAUGUGGAAAAUCUUUCAAGCAAAAGCAUUAUCUUAUUAUACAUGAGAGACUUCAUACUGGGGAGAAACCCUAUGUAUGCAACAGAUGUGGGAAAGCAUUCAGUUCAGCCUCUAGCCUUAAAGCACAUGAUAGAAUUCACACUGGGGAGAAACCAUAUGUAUGUAAACAAUGUGGGAAAUCUUUCAGUCAUAAUUCCACCCUUAUUAUACAUGAAAGAAUUCACACUGGGGAGAAACCCUUUGUAUGCAACAAAUGUGGGAAAUCUUUCAACCAAAAGGAUAACCUUAUUAAACAUGAGAGAAUUCACACAGGGGAGAAACCCUAUGUAUGCAACACAUGUGGGAAAGCAUUUGUCAGUGCAAAACGAUGUAAAGCACAUUGUAGAAUUCACACUGGGGAGAAACCCUUUGUAUGUAAUCAAUGUGGGAAAUCUUUCAAGCAAAAGCGUUCUCUUAUUAUGCAUGAAAGCCUUCCUGCUGGGGUGAAACCCUAUGUAUGCAACAAAUGUGGGAAAGCAUUCAGGACAGCGUCUAGCUGUAAAAAACAUGAAAGAACUCACUGGGGAGACACCAUAUGUAUGUAAACAAUGUGGGAAGUCAAAAAGGUAAGCUUAUUAUACAUGAAUGAAUUCAUAUUAGGGAGAAAGCCUUUGUAAGCAAUAUUUAAAAUGUUUCAGUCAAAAUGUUAUCCUUAUUAAUGAUGAAAGAUCUCACAUUGGGUAGGACCUCUGUGGAUACAACCAAUAUGGCAAAGCAUUCAGUAUGCAGAGGUGCUAAAAGAAGCCCUUUCUAUGUAAGCAAUUUGGGAUGUCUUUCUGCUAUAGUUGUAGCUUUUGUGUAUAUAAAAGAGUUCACUCUGUAGAAAAACCCUACCUAUAUGAGAAAUGAGUAAGUGGAUUUGUUAAUAAAUUUGCAGGUCAUAAACAUAAAAGAUCCCACACUGGGGAAAACCUAUGAACAUAAGGAGUAUAGGAAAACUUUCCACAACUGGUGAGAUUGUCACUAUAUGACAGAACUCCGUGUAGUAAUUCUAUGAAUUUCAACAAUGGUUGACAGCAUUUAGUGCACAAAAAUGCCAUCGAAUAGUGGAAUAAUGUACACAAGGAAAAACCCUAUGUAUGUAGGCAGUGUGGAAAAGAUAUGCUGCAGUUUUUCCCUUUUCCAAACAUAAGAUUCCUUCACACCAGGGCAUAACUACAUGUAAGAAAUAUUUGAAAAUUUGAGAUGAUACAGGUGGUAACCUAAGUGAUGUCAUAUUGUGGCUUGAGCCUAUGUAUGCAAUGUGCGAAAGUAUUCAGUAUACAUGGUUAUUGUAAGUCCUGUGAAAAUAAUCAUAAUAAAAUGAAAUCAUAUGUACAAUAGUAA